ACUCUACACCGGGGCUCGGUGUCAGUGUGGAGGGAGCGCUGAGCGGGGAGAGACGCUGCUGCUGCUCGGCUCCUGGGUGGAUACAAGCAGAGAUGUGCCUCUUCGAGAAAUACCGCUUUUAAAAUAAAUUACAAGUAGAGAUAUAAAGUAAGGCUCGUGAAUCCGACGUGUGGUGACCCGGGCUGAGACAGACGAGUCUGUGGUCUCUUUGAGUCCCGUAGAAACGUCUCUUUGUUCGGGUUGUUAACGAGAUAUCUGCCCUUCACCUUCAACAUGGAUAAUUCAGAGAAGGAGCUCAGGACGGACGACGACGAGGCGGAAUAUGAAGACGAGGAGGUGGACCCCAGAGUCCAGGGUGAGCUGGAGAAACUCAACCAGUCCACCGACGACAUCAACAGAUGUGAGACGGAGCUGGAGGACGCGAGGCAAAAGUUCCGCUCGGUUCUGGUUGAGGCCACGGUGAAGCUGGACGAACUUGUGAAGAAGCUCGGCAAGGCUGUGGAGGAGUCCAAACCUUACUGGGAGGCCCGCAGGUUGGCCAGGCAGGCCCAGCUGGAGGCCCAGAAGGCCACCCAGGACUUCCAGAGAGCCACAGAGAUCCUGCGGGCGGCCAAGGAGACCAUCUCCCUGGCUGAGCAGAGGCUUCUGGAGGAGGACAGCCGGCAGUUUGACUCCGCCUGGCAGGAGAUGCUGAACCACGCCACCCAGCGGGUGAUGGAGGCGGAGAACACAAAGACGAGAAGCGAGCUGGUGCACAAGGAGACGGCGGCCAAAUAUACGGCAGCAAUCAGCCGCAUGAAGCAGCUGGAGAAAAAACUCAAGCGCACUAUCAACAAGUCAAAGCCCUACUUUGAGAUGAAGGCAAAGUACUACCUGCAGCUGGAGAACCUGAAGAAGAACGUGGACGAGCGGCAGUCCAAGCUGUCUCAGGCCAAAGGCGAGUAUAAGACGGCGCUCAGGAACUUGGAGAUGAUCUCCGACGAGAUCCACGAGCGGCGGCGGAGCUCCACGAUGGGCCCCCGGGGCCGCGGCGUGGGCGCCGAGGGGGACAGCGUUUCUGGGGACGACAUCUCCAGUAUGAAGAUGGAGUCAGACGGAAUAUCCAUGGCGUCUGUGUGUUUCGAUGACGAGGCCUGUGGCGGCAGCAGCAUCAUGUCGGAGGAAGACUCCGAGACUCGCUCCACCUGCAGCCUGGGUUCAUCUCCCAGCAGCCCCCAGGAGCUCCUGUCGCCCUGCCCCUUCACCAGCUCCUCCUCUUCCUCCUGCACAUCGUCCUCUGCGUCCCCCACUCCCUCCCCCUCCCCGUCCCCUCUGUCGAGGCCCUGCAGCCUGGACCUGCCCAGCACCGUGUCGCUGUCCGACUUCGGCCUCAUCUCGCCGGUGCUCGGGCCUCGCAGCGAAUGCAGCGGAGCGUCGUCGCCAGAAUGUGACCUGGAGAGAGGUGACCGGGCAGAAGGUGCAGAAGGGGAUCUGGACAACGCCCCGGCCUCCAACAACAACAACUCCACAACAAGCACAAAGAAGAGCUUCAGCCUGGAGGCACACUUCAGCUUCCUCAACCUGCGCCGCCCCCGCACCGACAAAAACACAAACAACUGUUCCCAGAAGCCAGCAGCCGGGCAGACUCUGGUCUUGGUCAAAGGAGUCUGAGGACCAAAAAGAGAAUUUUGACCCAAACUUUCCGAUAAACAGCUGUGUAUAAGCUACCUGCCACAACUGCACUCCAUUUAGAAAGAGAGACGUUGAAUGUCACAGUUGGUGUAUAUAAAGUUUCCUGUACAUCUUGGCAAGUGUUGUUGCUCCCAUUUCCUUUACGAAGUACACUGGACCUUUUGGACUCAUUCCUGAGAAAAAGAGCACUGUUGUUUGUGUUUCAAAUGUAUCGGUUAAGGGGGAUGGAAUAAAAAGAUGGUUAGAAUUUAUUCAUUUUAUUUCAUCAUAUUUUUUUUAUUUUUCCACUAAAAGCUGGAAAGGCUUCUGUCACAAAAGCAUAAGUACAUGCCUGUAGCUGCCUGAGAACGGCCUUUGACUUUAAAUGGGUUGGUAUAACUGUUUAUUAAAAUUGAGAAUGAAUUACUGUUAAAUAGCACUUGGCAUAUUGUAAACCAUGCAGAGAUGUUAAAGGAAUUUAAUGUGAAAAUGUUCAAUAAAUAAGUGGUCUCUUAA